CGCCAGCCGAGGAGGCGAGGCGAGCGAGGCGAGGCUGCUGCUGCUGCUGGGCUCCCUUGCGCCCAGGCGGCGGGGUGCGCCUCGGUGGCGGAGAGUGACACGCGCAGCGGAGGAGCGCACCGCCGCGGCCCCCCCUCCUCCUCCUCCUCCUCCUCACCAUGGGCCAGGGCGCACGCGAGGCCGGCGGCUGGAGCAGCAAAAGCGGCGGCCACCGAGGCGGCGAGGGCGUCGCGGCCCUGGGCCCGGGCAGGGAGCGCGGCGGCUGCGGCGAGGGGCGCCCGGAGGCGGCUCGCUAAGCGUCUCCCAUGGGCCUGAUCCACCGCCAGCGAAUGCCAUGGAACUCUGCGUCAAGAAACAGCCCCCAGAGGAGGAAAGGCGGGUGAAGGCGAAUGCACGGGAGUAUAACGAAAAGUUCCAGUAUGCGAGUAACUGCAUCAAGACGUCCAAAUACAACAUGGUCACCUUCCUUCCCAUUAACCUAUUUGAGCAGUUCCAGGAAGUGGCCAACACCUACUUCCUGUUCCUCCUCAUCCUCCAGCUGAUCCCGCAGAUCUCUUCACUUUCGUGGUUCACCACCAUAGUGCCUUUGGUCCUCGUGCUUACCAUAACGGCGGUCAAGGAUGCCACGGAUGAUUACUUUCGCCACAAGAGUGACAACCAGGUGAACAAUCGCCAAUCUCAGGUGCUGAUCAAUGGGAUCCUCCAGCAGGAACAGUGGAUGAACGUUCGGGUCGGUGACAUCAUCAAGUUGGAGAACAACCAGUUUGUGGCAGCUGACCUGCUCCUUCUGUCCAGCAGUGAACCUCACGGCCUUUGCUACAUCGAGACCGCAGAACUGGAUGGGGAGACCAACAUGAAGGUGCGGCAGGCCAUCCCGGUGACGUCGGAGCUGAGUGACACCAGCAAACUUGCACACUUUGAUGGGGAGGUGAUCUGCGAGCCCCCCAACAAUAAGCUGGACAAGUUCGGCGGGACCCUCUACUGGAAGGAGAACAAGUACCCCUUAAGCAACCAGAACAUGCUCCUGCGUGGCUGCGUCCUCCGCAAUACCGAAUGGUGCUUCGGCCUGGUCAUCUUUGCAGGCCCAGACACCAAACUCAUGCAGAACAGCGGGCGCACGAAAUUCAAGAGGACUAGCAUCGACCGCCUAAUGAACACCCUGGUGCUUUGGAUCUUCGGCUUCCUGGUGUGCAUGGGUGUGAUUCUGGCCAUCGGCAACUCCAUCUGGGAGUACGAGGUGGGCACCUGCUUCCAGAUCUACUUGCCCUGGGACGAAGCUGUCGACAGUGCCUUCUUCUCUGGCUUCCUCUCCUUCUGGUCGUACAUCAUCAUCCUCAACACCGUCGUCCCCAUCUCUCUUUAUGUCAGCGUGGAAGUGAUCCGUCUGGGCCACAGCUACUUCAUCAACUGGGACAAGAAGAUGUACUGUUGGAAGAGGUGCACGCCAGCCGAGGCCCGGACCACCACGCUGAACGAGGAGCUCGGGCAGGUGGAGUAUAUCUUCUCGGACAAGACGGGCACCCUCACCCAGAACAUCAUGGUCUUCAGCAAAUGUUCGGUCAAUCGGCACAGCUACGGUGAUGUUUUGGAUGUCCUGGGUUACAAGGCAGAGCUUGGGGAGAAGACAGAACCGGUUGACUUCUCCUUCAACCCCCUGGCUGACCCCAAGUUCACCUUCUGGGACACAGGCCUCCUGGAGGCGGUCAAGCUUGGAGACCCACAUGUCCAUGAGUUCUUCCGCCUCCUCUCUCUCUGCCACACGGUCAUGUCGGAGGAGAAGAACCCAGGGGAACUGUAUUAUAAAGCCCAGUCCCCAGACGAGGGAGCCCUGGUGACGGCUGCCCGCAAUUUCGGCUUUGUGUUCCGCGCACGCACCCCCAAGACGAUCACGGUGCAGGAGCUGGGACGGCCCGUGACCUACCAGCUGCUCGCCAUUUUGGACUUCAACAACGUCCGCAAGCGCAUGUCUGUCAUCGUACGGAACCAGGAGGGGCAGAUCCGACUCUACUGCAAAGGGGCGGACACCAUUUUGCUGGAGAGGCUGCACCCGGGCAACCAAGAGCUGUACAACGUGACCACCGACCAUCUGAAUGAAUACGCCGGCGAGGGUCUGCGCACUUUAGUCCUCGCCUACCGGGACCUGGAAGAAAGCUUCUACGCCGCGUGGGCUGAGCGCCUCCACCAAGCUAGCGGGGCCAGCGAGGGCCGCGAAGAGCGGGUGGCCCGGAUCUACGAGGAAGUGGAGAACGACAUGAUGCUGCUGGGAGCUACGGCCAUCGAGGACAAGUUGCAGCAGGGAGUUCCAGAGACCAUUGCCCUCCUCACACUGGCAAACAUCAAGAUCUGGGUGUUGACAGGAGAUAAGCAGGAGACGGCUGUGAAUAUUGGCUACUCCUGCAAGAUGCUGACCGAUGAGAUGACGGAGGUCUUCAUUGUCACGGGGCACACGGUCUUGGAGGUGCGGCAGGAAUUGCGAAAGGCCCGUGAGAAAAUGUUGGACUCGUCACAGCCCCUGGGGAACGGGUUCACCUACCAGGAGAAUCUCCCUGCCUCCAAGCUGACGUCGGUGCUGGAGGCCGUCGCUGGAGAAUACGCCUUAGUCAUCAAUGGGCACAGCCUGGCACACGCCCUGGAGGCCGACAUGGAGCUGGAGUUCCUGGAGACGGCGUGCGCCUGCAAGGCGGUCAUCUGCUGCCGCGUCACCCCCUUGCAGAAGGCCCAGGUGGUGGAGCUGGUGAAGAAGUACAAGAAGGCCGUCACACUGGCCAUUGGGGACGGAGCCAACGACGUCAGCAUGAUCAAGACGGCCCACAUCGGCGUGGGCAUCAGCGGCCAAGAGGGCAUCCAGGCGGUGUUGGCUUCCGACUACUCCUUCUCGCAGUUCAAGUUCCUGCAGCGCCUCCUGUUGGUCCACGGGCGCUGGUCCUACCUGCGGAUGUGCAAGUUCCUCUGUUACUUCUUCUACAAGAACUUUGCCUUCACCAUGGUGCAUUUUUGGUUCGGCUUCUUCUGCGGCUUCUCUGCCCAGACCGUGUACGAUCAGUACUUCAUCACGCUUUACAACAUCGUCUACACCUCGCUGCCUGUGCUCGCCAUGGGUGUCUUUGACCAGGAUGUGCCUGAGCAUCGCAGUCUGGAGUACCCCAAACUGUACGAACCCGGGCAGCUGAACCUCCUCUUCAACAAGCGGGAGUUUUUCAUCUGCAUCGCCCAGGGGAUCUACACCUCCGUCUUCAUGUUCUUCAUCCCAUACGGGGUCUUCAGCGACAAUGCCCAUCUUGCCGAUUACCAGUCCUUCGCCGUCACUGUGGCAACCUCCCUCGUCAUUGUUGUCAGUGUCCAGAUUGGACUAGAUACCGGAUUCUGGACGGCCAUCAACCAUUUCUUCAUCUGGGGCAGCCUAGCUGUUUACUUCGCCAUCCUCUUCGCCAUGCAUAGCGACGGCCUCUUCCAGCUCUUCCCAAACCAGUUCCGUUUUGUUGGAAAUGCCCAGAACACACUAGCCCAGCCUGCCGUGUGGCUGACCAUAGCCCUCACCACCGUCGUGUGCAUCAUGCCUGUGGUCGCCUUCCGUUUCCUCAAACUGGACCUGAAGCCGGAGCUCUCGGAUACGGUGCGCUAUACGCAGUUGGUGCGGAAGAAGCAGAAGACUCAGCACCGAUGCAUGGGCCGUGUCGGCCGCGUCAGAUCACAGCGCUCGGGCUACGCCUUCUCCCACCAGGAGGGCUUCGGCGAGCUUAUCAUGUCCGGCAAAAACAUGCGCCUCAGCUCCCUGGCGCUCUCCAGCUUCAGCGGCCGCCCCAGCACCAGCUGGAUCGAGACUUUGCGGAAAAAGAAAAGCGGGGGUGGCGACGGCGGCGGCAGCAGCGUUGCCAGCAGCCCGAGUGGCGGCGGGCCUGACAAGACGCUGAAGGUGUGAGGAGCCUGGGAGGGUCCCGGAUGGGCAAACACAGAAAAAGGUGGACUCUCGGCCUGGUGGGAAGGGGCCACCCCCGGGCCGGAAACAGGCCACCGCCACUGGCCACUUCUGGGUGGAUCCAGCUGCCGGUAUAACCAGAACAACCCGGCGGAUAGUGGCACAGCCCGCUUGCUGGGUGGGGCGGAUGGGCGCGACUCUCCACCCCCUCUCCAGACAGACGGACAUCACCUUCACUGUUGUGUGGAAGGGGUCUUUUUAACCCAGUCAUAUCUACCGGCCCCGGAAGCGCGACCUUUUCUCCCCGAACCGCCUACGAAUGUAUCUACCUGCAGGCACGAGAAGGUUGGGUGCAAUGACGCGUCGGAGGCCAGAGUCUCACGAGGGGAGACGCCGGGGAGGGGUGCCUGCCCCACUCUCCCCCCCCCACACACCUCCUCACCUCUCCAAUUGUGCGUGGGUUUUUUUUUAAAAGAGAGAGAAAAACUAAAGGACAAUCCAUGUUUACAAAGAACAAUUUUUAUUUUUCCCCCCCUACCCACUUUGGCCCCGGAAGUUCCCAGCCCAUGCCCUCGGGCGCCGAGAGGUGGGAUUCCAGGGACGAGGCGGAAAUGGCGGGUCGUGGAAAGCUUUUGUGCCUGUGUGAGGGCCAUACCAAGGACGCCGAUCCUUGGGAGGAAGAAGUUGCUCGCUGGUUCAGUCGAGAUGCCCGGCUCCUUGGCAUGUGGACUCCUUAUCUGGGGGCGGGAGGGCGUGAUCUCGGGGAGUUUAGUUUCUUUGGAAAACACCGGAUGGCUUCUAUUACCACCACCCCCCACGCGCCAUUUUGUCUCAUCUGCACCCAUCGCCGAGGCUCACACCCUGUCACCGCCAACUGGGGCAGGAGAAGAAAGGAAAAUAUUAUUUUUAUAUACAGAACGUCAGACUGCGGCUUGCAAGGAACUGCCUCCUUCCCAUCCCUGAGUGCCACGGCCAGGGUCCUGAAAGGGAAAGUGGUCCCGAAUCUGUGGCGGGCCGGCCAGCCGCCAGAGCUAACCAGACAGGGAGAAUGUUGAGCAAAGAACAGCUGUCCGGUGAGCAGAGACGAGCCUCCUUCAAAGUGCGGGGGGGCUGCGUAGUGGUAUUUCGGAGGAACCCGACCUAUCCCCGAGCCAGACCCGUCUGCCAACUUCUCUGCAAAGCUAAAUCGGCUUGCAUUCCCAACCCCAUCCCAACCCCCAGUUCAGUAGCUGGCUGUUCUGGGUCACGUUCCUACUUCUCCGGCUGUAGGGAAACUUUGGUUUCAUUCAUGCCUCACGGAAGGGGUUGUGUGGAGCGUGUCCACCGCUGGUCCGUUUCUGGAAGAGGUGGUGGGAAGUGUGGUGUGAGAAGCUGUCCUUCCCCUGGGGCAUUUCAUGACCUGUCCCGACAGGAUCUUGUUUUUCUGCGUCCCCUCUCCGGGUUUUUGGCUCUCCCUCCUUUUUAGCAAGGGCAGCAGAGGUGGGUCGUGGGCACGAGGCUUUUAUCAAAUGUGCCCUCUUCUCUGCGUAGUGGUGAAGCAGGCAUACACAUUUCACCUCCAGAUUGCGCAUGAUGCGCUAGCAGAGGCGUUCCACACAGAGGCCCCGUUCUCAGAAAGCAAGAUUUCAACAUGCGUCGCUUCUUUGACAGCUUAAAUUCUUACCCUGCUCUUGGUCUGGGCCGACCCCCCAGGCCACUGUGUGGAACACCAGUCGCGGAUGUCGUCACGUCUGUGGUGGCCAGGAGGGGUGUGCGUGCAAGCGUGUGCUUGCACCAUUACCCACGAGAUCCCCAGUCUGGUAGCGGCAUGAACCAGGCCCUGCAGGAAAGGAUUGGGUACAGCCGAGUGAUACCCAAAGGAUUGCUCAGCCUGUGAAAAUCCUAGCUGACAAUUUUUUAAAAUAUACACUCAGCUACAGACGGUCAGUGCAGCCAGGGACAGGAACAGAAGAAGCUGCCUUCUACUGAGUCAGACCCUUGGUUCAUCUGUCUCAGCAUUGUCUACCCAGACUGGCAGCGGCUUCUCCAAGGUGGCAGGCAGGAGUCUCUCUCAGCCCUAUCUUGGAGAUGCGGCCAGGGAGGGAACUGGGAACCUUUCCCAAAGUGGUCCCAACCCCUAAGUGCUCACACGUGUUGUCUCCCGUUCAAAUGCCAACCAGGGCCACCCUGCUUAGCAAAGGGUUAUGCUAAGGGUAGUCAUGCUCACUCACUACCACCAGACCAGCUCCCCUGGGCAUCGACAGAAACCGUUGAGAAUAAGGGAACGCCGGAAGCUCAGUUUUCUCCGGCCUCGAUUCCAAGCUCUGCUAGGUGACCUCUGGCUGGCCCCCUCCCCACUUCUCCAGUUCGGGAAGGUCUUCAGUGGGCUCUCCCUGUCGGAAGCUUCGUCACAAUUUCAGAGGCUACGGGGAGGGCAGCGUCGGAGGGCCAUGAUUCGGGCAGCGGCUGCCGCCCGCGUCUCACCCAAGGCGGAUUUUGAUACCAAAGAGGAAAUGUUCGUUUGGGGUAGGGGCGGGGGGUGGUGGUGGUGUCCGGUUUGCUGCGGCCUGUCUUAUUUUUCGUGAGAGGGGAUUCACAGCAGGGCAGCCGUGCCGGGCAGGGACCGAGGAACAUUCCGUAUAAUUUAUUACAUAUUUCUAUACUUGCCAGAACUGUAUCAUUUUAUGAGUAUAAAGAUAAAUGGCAUUUUCUUAAAAAACAAAAAAUCCAGA